CCGUUAGUUGUCUAGUUCUUGGAUACCACUGCUCUGGACGACUCUGUUUUUUAGUAGUAGUGCUCUGUUCUUCUUCCCCUUCGCUUGGCUCACUACCUACCUACCGAACCCACCACCGAUUGAGGAGAUGCGGCCGCCGGCGCGAACCCAAGCCGAUGCCUCCCGGCCUGUCGUGCUCCUGGCCGACCCCAUCAUCCCGGAGUUUGAGCUGGACCUCUCAGCUCGCUACAGUCUCCUUCCUCUCGCUGAUGUUGACGCGGACACGGCCGCCUCGGCGCGGGCGCUCCUUACAGUCGAGCUCCCGGCGGUGACCGCGGAGCUCAUGGGCGCGCUCUCAAAGCUGGAGCUCGUACUCGCCUCGUCCGUCGGCGUUGACCACGUCGAUCUUGCCGCCUGCCGCCGCCGCGGGAUUGCCGUCACCAACGCUGGGGGCGCGUUCUCUGACGACGCGGCUGACUACGCCGUCGGGCUUGUCAUAGCCGCUCUCCGCCGAGUCGCCGCUGCAGACGCGUACGACCGGCGCGGCAGCUGGCCGGACGGCGGGCCUCGCCUCCAAGGUUAAUUUUACCGGGGAUCCCCAUCAAUCGCGGUAGCUAGAAUUAGUUGUUCUUGGCCAUCCCCGCAAAAUUUAUGCAAUUGCAACUUUGCAACGCGCCCAAAUUAUUCCAACAAGCAGAGAAUUUUGAUCAGCAGAGUCUUAUGAUGCAAUCGA